AUGUAUUGGAACCUAUUAUCGGGAUACAUGAUAGAAAAAAUGUGUCGAUUGUAUAAAAAUAGAUCCCAAUUUGCUGGUAACUAAGCUGUCAAUGGAGUCUGUAACAUAUGUACAGGAUACCCAUCAACAUGUUCUGCUUGUGAUGCUAAUAGCAACUGUACAAGUUGUUCUUUAGUCAUACUAAUCUCAUACAAUACAUAAAACAAUACUACAGUGUGUUCUUUAUGUCAAGAUCUUUACUAUGUUAAUGCAUUAGGACAACGUGCUAAGUGUGAUUCAGCUGGAGAAAGUAAUGCUUUGAGAUGUCAUUAUGAUGCAACUGUUACUGGUAAUAUAGUCUUUACCUAAUGCAAACCACAGUACUUCUUGGAUAAUAACAAAUAUACUCAAGAUUAAUCUAGUAACACUUAUGCCAAGUUACAAGUACCAGCAGAUCAAACUACAAUCAAUAACUAAAAUUGUGCUGAAUGCUGGCCUGGAUUUUUUGCCAAUCCGGAAGUUGCUCAAUAAGCACAAGUAAUUAACCAUCUUGUACUUUAUGUAUUGAUGGAUACUAUGCUGAUUCAAAUCAAAAAUGCCAAUCCUGUUUUUUCAAUUGUACUUCAUGUAGUGGACCUGCAAUUAGAGAUGGUACAAAUUACUAAGCUGGUUAUUUCAAGGGAACCAAUUCAUGCACAGCUUGUACUUGUUGACAAGAGCAAUCACGCACUUGUUUGGUUUGCUAAGAUGCAACUAACUCUUCCAGUUGUAUAAAUGGCUACUAUGUUUCAAAUGGUUAAUGUUUGGCCUGUUAAUAUGGAUGUAGUUAAUAUACUACCCCAGGAAACGUAUGCACAGCAUGUAUCAUCGGAUACUAUUUAUAAAACGGAGGUUGUGUUCAAGACAAUGGAAAUUGCUAUUUCACUGAUAGGCUCAAUGUAUUCACCACAAUCCAAGCAAAUUAAAUCAAUGGUUGUUAGAUCUUGGAUGGUUAACUUAAUAAACCUCAUCAUAGAUUCAAGAUUAUGUUUGCAUGUAAUGUGUUUAUCCUUAAACCGCUUUUGUUUACAGAACCAACCCAUAAGAUGUUACUGUCUAAUCUCCGGUGAUCUCAUUACCAUUUAGCAGUCAAUAAUGGUAUAUGCACAUCAUGUACUAAUCUUACUGCUUGUACCUAAAUUACAUGCUCUGCUAAUUACUUCCUAACCAAUAUCAAUAACACCCAAUUAUGUGCACCCAUACCAGCUGGAUGCAGUGAAUUAACAUACUCAACUACUCUACUUGCCUUAGCUUGCAAAAAACGUAACAAUUGAUCUACUCUUUUUGGAUCAUAAAUCUGCGUUUCAAAUACUGAUUGUCAAACUUAAAAUCAAUCACUGA